UUCGAGGCAGGCGCCAGACCCACUGAGCUAAAUCCCCAGUCUUCUCCCAUUUUUUUUUUAAUUGGUUGUGGUGGUGGCAUGUAGGGUGUGUGCAGUUUUUGACCCUAAGACAUUAGGAGGCUCCUGCCAAAUUCUACUUGGACUCUUUUGCAGCAGACAAGAACAAAUGCAGAGAUGAGUGUCAGGGAGUAGAGAGGUAGCACUAGGAGAGGGAUCAACAGAGGAAAUGAUCAAUGCAUGGGGAAGAGUUUGCUAAGAACUCUAAACUGCUCAAGCAGAAAGGGACUUCCAAGUUCAAGUAGUCCAACUCUCUGGUUUUACAAAGGAGGAAACAGGCCCAGAGCAGUGAGAUGAAUUGCCCAACAUCAGACUGCUGCUUUGCGGCAGAGCUGCCACUAGACAUGAGGCCAAAAGAAGAGAAGAGGGGCUGGAGGGGAGUAUGGAUUCAGGGGUCUAAAGAGAGGUACUGCCCAGGAAAAAAGGGACUGAGACUCCGUAGUACAGACAGACUGAGGAGGAUGGACAGUACUGGCUCUGAGUGUGGAGACCCAGCAGUGUGAUGGGAAGGUACCUGGAAGGUGCUGCAGGGGAGUGAAGUUAGGUUACAGGCCUCAUCAUGCCAUUUACCAGCUUGGGAUUCUUUUUUUCUUACUUUCUUUUCCUGGUAGCUUGGGUCUCAAUUUCUGAAUGGACCUUCCAGGAUCUUUGUGAAAAUCAAUCUUACUGGCAUAGCUCUUGACAAGUGCUUAUGAACUAAGUCUUUGCUAUGGUUGUUAUGUUAUCUUGGAAGACAAGAGAUGCCCCUGGGUGGGGUGGGGUAUGGCCAAGAUGCCCCUGUUGGGACACAGGGUAGAGGUUCAGUGUCUCUGGAGCCCAAUCCUCCUUUGCCUCUGCUGCCUGAAGCUGAUAAAACUCUUAUCUGUCUGGCCCAGGCAGGGAAGCCCAGGGUCAGGAUGGCAGGGCUGCUAUCAGCAGCCAGGCCUGGGCCAUAUCUUCAAGAAGGGGAGGGGCUGUCUGCUUACUUCCCACAACACACUCCUUGGGGAUCCCCAAGCACUUAGUCUCAUCUUGAAGAAAGAAGGUUGAGACCCUAAAACUGAGGACACGGGAGGAAAGCAGGGAAUACUCUUGAUGUUUCCUCACAAAAUGAAAGAACAAAGCAACCAAAAAACACUGGAAGAUCUGACUCUGUCUCUGACCAUGACUACAGUUUGGGGGAGCAAGAAGUAGGGGAGAAAGAAGGCAUCUUAUUGGAAAAAAAGGUUGCUGGGCCCUUUGGUCUUUGGGAAAACCUGGACCAGACCCUGGCCCAGUAGGAUGCCCCCCUGUCCUCCUCAGCAGAGCAGGAACAGGGUAACUCAGCUGCCCUUGCUGGAGGUGGGCGAGAUGGAACUGACUUGGCAAGAGAUCAUGUCCAUCACUGAGCUGCAGGGUCUAAAUGCUCCAAGUGAGCCAUCAUUUGAGACCCAAGCCUCAGCCCCAUACCCUGGACCUCCACCAUCUCUCUCCUACUGCCCCUGCUCAGUGCACCCAGACUCGGGCUUCCCCCUUCCUCCACCACCUUAUGAGCUCCCAGCAUCUGCACCCCAUGUACCAGAUCCCCCAUACUCCUACAGCAACAUGGUCAUACCAGUCACCAAGCCACUGACCCUCUCUGGCCUGCUCAAUGAGCCCCUCCCAGACCCCUUAGCCAUUUUGGACAUUGGGCUGCCAGCGGGGCCACCCAAGACCCAAGAGGACCCAGAAUCCGAUUCAGGAUUAUCCCUCAACUACAGUGAUGCCGAAUCUCUUGAGCUGGAGGGGACAGAGGCCGGUCGGCAGCAGAGCGAGUAUGUAGAGAUGUACCCAGUGGAGUACGCUUACUCACUCAUGCCCAGCUCCUUAGCCCACCCCAACUAUGCCUUGCCUUCUGCUGAGCCCUCCAUGGCCUUAGAGCCCUCCACAGGCCCUGUACGACCUAAGCCUGCUGCACGGGGGGAGGUGGGCAGUCGGGAUGAGCGGCGGGCACUGGCCAUGAAGAUCCCCUUCCCAACGGAGAAGAUUGUCAACUUGCCGGUAGAUGACUUUAAUGAGCUGUUGGCACGGUACCCGUUGACGGAGAGCCAGCUGGCGCUAGUUCGGGACAUCCGACGGCGGGGCAAGAACAAGGUGGCCGCCCAGAACUGUCGCAAGAGAAAGCUGGAGACCAUCGUACAACUGGAGCGGGAGUUGGAACGGCUGGGCAAUGAAAGGGAGCGGCUUCUUAGGGCUCGAGGGGAGGCUGACCGUACCCUGGAGGUCAUGCGCCAACAACUGGCGGAGCUGUACCAUGACAUUUUCCAGCACCUUCGGGAUGAGGCAGGCAACAGCUACUCCCCAGAAGAGUAUGCACUGCAACAGGCCGCGGACGGGGCCAUCUUCCUGGUGCCCCGGGGUGUCAAAAUGGAGGCCACAGACUGAGCACCCAGAGUGGGGGAGACAUGCUGGGGAUGUAUUUCCCUUAUUCCCUUCAGAUAAAGGUUCUCCCCAGCUCUGAGACCUAAAAGGUGCUAAGUUGUCUAGACCAAGAGGACAACAAAGGGAAGCCCAGCAUUUGGAAGUUCCAAGGUCUGUUCUCUGAGGCUUGCCUGGAGGCUGGGGAGGGACUUAGCUUCCCAGCCCAACCUCUUCCACUUGUCUAGGCUUUGGUCUAUAAAGAGCUCUUACAGAAA